AUGAGGAACGUUCAGCAACCAGCACAACCUAUUAGCAAUAACAGUGCAACAUCAUCCGAAAAUAGUGAAACCCAAAGCUUAGAAGAUCAUCAAAAGGGCUUGCCACCAAACAAUCAGAGUGCGGCUCUAAUCAGAGCGAAAACGAGUUGGAAACGCAUGAAAGACCUAGCCGCAGAGAAAGAAAAGGAAAAUGAAACUAAACGACCACCUUGGCGAGCUGUUAGUGUUUCAACUCUCUCUAAGCCGGAUAAAAAUGCAUUGCUUCGUGCUAAAUUGCUUGAUGCUUCCAGACGUUUACGAGCUGGCAAGACCAAUGUGGCGCUACAAACUGAUUUCGUUCCCACUAAAGUGAUGAAAGAAGCUGUGACAGGUGUCCAGGAUGAUAUGAUUUUGUUUAAAGAUAUUGGAAUAUUAACGGAUGGUCAAUACUCAAUUAAAAAGGAUGGAUAUCAACAAUAUGUACUAACCUAUUCCAUAUCGCAAAUGACCGACCGUGUCGACAAAACAGAUGUUUCAACACAAACGCUUUUACCCAAAGCAUAUAAUAAAAGCAUUAUCAACUCAAGCCUGUUUGACUUUAAGCAUCACGGCAAGGAUGACACUUGUGACUUAAAUAAAAAAAAAGAGUUUCAAAUUAAUAAUACCCAUAAGACAAAUACAGCGUUUAAUUCAACUCUAGGAAUACAUGAUAUACAGUUGAAUCCUACUUUAUCAUCGUGGCACUUUGAUGACGACGCUAUUGAAAUGGAGUUAAAAGAGAGUUUCAUACCCUAUACUAUUGAGUCUUUUAAGCCGUGGCGCAGUUUUAUUCCUAUUCCGUUUUAUAUAAGGAGCAACAACCUGGUAGGUAGGCAGAAAAUCGACUGGGGUUUCCUGCUCCACUCCAUUGAUGACUUAGUUCGAGAGUCAAAUAAUUUGCUUGAUAGGUUGCAAACAAUAAUACAUCAUAAGAAUUUGCAACGUAAGCAUGUACAUAAAACAAUGCAUGAAAUAAGAAAGUUCCAACCAAAAAAUUUCAUAUUUCCAUCUGACUACUGGUUACCGAUAAUUGAAAAACAGGAAAUACAGCUACAAUUAUUGCUGGACCCAAAAUAA